ACUACAGUGACGGAGAAAGAUGCCAGAACCAGCCAAGUCCGCCCCGAAGAAGGGCUCCAAGAAAGCGGUGACGAAGAGCGCCGGAAAGGGCGGCAAGAAGAGGAAGAGAAGCAGGAAGGAGAGCUACGCCAUUUACGUGUACAAGGUGCUGAAGCAGGUCCAUCCCGACACCGGCAUCUCGUCCAAGGCCAUGGGCAUCAUGAACUCGUUCGUCAGCGACAUCUUUGAGCGUAUCGCCGGCGAGGCCUCCCGCCUUUAA